UCUUUAUUUCAUCAACCAUAAUCUUUUGUGGCAUUGCAUGCUGUCUUGAAACAAGACUUACAUCUAUAUAUUCAGAUCUACUGUGUAGUUGAAGUACCCACUGUUCAUAGAACAAGAAUGGCUUUGUUCAGCAGUAAACUAUCGUCACUUCACAAGAUUUUGCAGAAGACAGUCCUCAUCAAUGGAGUCAGAUCAGUGUCUGGAUUGAAGAAUGAGGGCAUAGAGGUGACACUGACUAAAAACCCUAUGCCAAAGAUCCACGAGCAAGUGAAGUCACCCAACGACAUUGUGUUUGGGAAGAACUUCUCUGAUCACAUGCUGAUUGCCAGCUGGACCAAAGAGGAGGGAUGGAUGAAGCCUAAGAUUGUCCCGUAUGGAAAUCUGUCUCUUUCUCCAGCACUCAGUGCCCUCCAUUACUCCACUGAGUGUUUUGAGGGACUGAAGGCUUUCUAUGGAGUGGAUGGCAAGAUAAGAUUGUUCAGGCCUUUGGAGAACAUGAAACGCAUGAACAGUUCAGCCGCAGCUGCCAGUCUGCCCGAGUUUGAUGGAGCUGAGUACUUGGAGUGUAUCAAGGACCUACUGAGAGUAGACAAGGACUGGGUGCCCAAGAUGGACGGCUGCUCUCUCUAUAUUAGACCAACAUUCAUUGGGACUGAGGCUUCGGUUGGUGUGAAACCCAGUAACAGUGCCAUGCUGUACACCAUCUGUGGUCCAGCUGGCCCAUACUUCAGUGGGGGGGCGUUCAAUCCUGUCUCUCUCUACGCUGACCCCAAAUAUGUGAGGGCGUGGCCUGGAGGAGUGGGCGCCUUCAAGAUGGGAGGGAAUUACGGGCCUGCCAUUCGGAUUCAGGGACAUGCCACAGCCAAGGGAUGUGAUCAAGUUCUGUGGUUGUAUGGAGAUGACCAUCAGAUCACAGAAGUGGGCACAAUGAACAUCUUUGUGCACUGGAUCAAUGAGGACGGAGAUCCGGAGAUAGCCACUCCCCCUCUGGACGGGACCAUCCUCCCGGGAGUGACCAGGAUGUCUCUAUUGGAGCUGGGAGCCACUUGGGGCACUCAUAAGGUGGUUGAGAGACGCAUGAACAUGAAGGAUAUCAUCAAAGCAGUCGAAGAGAAGAGAAUGAAGGAAAUGUUUGGAGCUGGUACAGCGUGUGUGGUGUGUCCUGUCGACAGAAUACUCUACAUGGAUAAGAGUAUUCACAUUCCUACCGUGGAAACUGGAGGUGAGGUUGCUAAGAGGUACUACAAGGAGCUCACUGACAUUCAGUAUGGUCGUGCUCCUAACAACGACUGGACAGUUACUGUGGACUAAAAAGAACUCUGAACCCCCCCCAAUAUUAAUUUUAUUAUUACAUAAUACCCUGUGUGCACAUUAUUGUGUGUUUGUAUCACCAACAGUCCUAGAUUUUCUAGCUACCAGCAUUGGAUAUUUCGUUGUAGAGAUUUUA